AUGAUCAGACAAGAAGUUGGCAUAGUCAUACACAGCUCUACCUUUUGGACUGACAGCACUUGCGUUCUUCGCUAUAUAGAGAAUAAGGAUAAGAGAUUCCAGAUCUUUGUUGCCAACCGCGUGUCAGCCAUUUUAGAUCAGUCUACGGCUGAGCAAUGGAGGUACGUUGAAGGCACACUUAAUCCAGCUGACGAAGCAUCCAGAGGAAUGACAGUAGAUGAGUUGCUUAUAAAUGAGCGCUGGAAGCAAGGACCACCGUUCAUGAAAAAGACAGAGCAGUUUUGGCCGCAAAGACCGGAGAGCUUAGGCGAGGUCUUCGAUAAUGAUCCAGAAGUCAAGAAGGCAGCAGAAACGUUUGCAAGUAAGACAAACGUGACCUACCAUUACAUUGGCAAUGCAAUAGAAAAGAUUUCGUCAUGGUCUCGGCUGAAAAGGGUCAUAGCAUGGAUAUUGCGCUACAAAGAUAUUUUGCGAAACCGAAGUCAACACGGCAACACGAACAAAACCAUCAAGCUACAACUCGAUAAUAGCACCAUAACCCCCUUAAGCGUCAGCGAAGUUGAUGAAGCCGAAAUCGAAAUCUUGAAAUACGUUCAGAAGCAAACCUUCAAAGACGAGUUGGCAAGCCUGAACGGCGUCCGCGACGUCACUCAAGGAAGGGCAAAUCGGAACAACCUAAAGAAGAACAGCACCAUUUACAAGCUUGAUCCAGUCUUGGAAAAUGGACUUCUACGUGUAGGAGGACGACUGGAACACGCACCCAUAGAAAAUGACGCCAAGCAUCCUAUUAUUCUUCCCAAGAAGCACCAUGUCACAAAAUUGAUUAUCGAAUACUUCCAUCGCGCCUCAGCCCAUUCAGGAAUCGAGUAUACUCUGUCUCUCAUUAGAACAAAGUAUUGGAUCCUAGGAGCACGAUCUAGCGUCCGCAACAUUAUCCACACUUGUUUCAGCUGUCGGCGCCGCCAAGCCCCCGUAAUGCAACAGAAAAUGGCCAGCUUACCUCGAGACCGCGUCACACCUUCCAAGCCACCCUUUACGUAUGUAGGCGUAGAUUUGUUCGGUCCAUUCACAGUACGCCGCGGACGAACAACCGUUAAGAGGUACGGCGCCCUGUUUACGUGCCUCACCAUAAGAGCAGUCCACAUAGAGAUUGUCCACUCUAUGGAUGCAGAAUCGUUUAUCAACGCCACCCGACGCUUCAUUGCUAGAAGAGGAAGGCCAGAGGAAAUAAGAUCCGAUAACGGAGGAAACUUCGUUAAAGGCGAGAAAGAAUUACGGAAGGCGGUCCAAGAAUGGAACCAAAACCAGAUCCAUGAGUUUCUCUUACAACAAGAGAUUAAAUGGACAUUCAAUCCACCGGCUGCUUCACAUCAUGGCGGAGUAUGGGAGAGAUGUAUCAGAACUGUGAGGAAAGUUAUGAAGGCACUGCUGAAACAACAGGUCUUAGACGACGAAGGUCUAAGUACGUUGAUGUGCGAAGUCGAAUCGAUAGUGAAUGGCAGACCGAUAACCAAAGUGUCUGACAAUGCGAAGGAUCUCAACGCUCUCACACCUAACCAUCUGCUGCUACUCCGAGCUGGAACGACAAUCCCCCCAGGAGUUUUCUGUAAAGAUGAUAACUACGGCUGUCGCAGAUGGCGCCAAGUUCAAUAUCUAAGCAACGUGUUCUGGCGCCGCUGGACCAGAGAAUAUUUACCAUCCCUACAGCAACGCCAAAAAUGGAAUAAGCCACUCUUAAACCUACCUGUCAAUGACAUUGUUCUGCUACUAGACGAGAAUCUGCCUCGUAGUGUAUGGCCGCUAGGGCGAGUGCUCGAAGUUUACCACAAUCAGAAGGACGGGCUAGUACACUCUGCUAAGAUCAAGACCAGAACCUGCGAGCUAGUGCGACCCAUAGACAAGAUUGUCCUGCUGGAGACCGCAGAGUUUGCAGAAAAGGAUUAG